UCUCUUGAAAAACACACCAUGACGUCCAUACUACACAAACCAUUCUUCUCGUUCUUUCUCCACAUCUUGGUUUUGCUCCUUCACAUAUUCAGCUUUUCUUCUUUCUUUGCUUUAGCUGAACACACUUCCUCCACAACUUCACUAUUUGGUAAUAAUACAGAAGCUGAGGCUCUUCUCGAAUGGAAAGCCAGUCUUGACAACCAAAGCCAAUCUCUCCUUUCUUCUUGGGCCGGCAUCAGCCCAUGCAUUAACUGGAUUGGAAUCACUUGUGAUAAUUCUGGAAGCGUCACCAAUUUGACACUUGAAAGUUUUGGUUUGAGAGGUACGCUUUAUGAUUUAAACUUCUCAUCCUUCCCCAAUCUUUUGUUUCUUGACCUUGCUAAUAAUUCUCUUUCUGGAACCAUCCCACAUGAAAUUGGAAAGUUGACGUCUCUUUUCGUUAUUUCAUUAGCUCAAAAUAAUCUUACUGGUUGGAUCCCCUUCUCUAUUGGAAAUUUAACAAAUGUAUCCAUACUCCAUUUUUGGGAUAAUAAACUUUCUGGUCCUAUUCCUCAAGAAAUUGGAUUACUACAGUCUCUCAAUCAACUUGAUUUAUCAAUUAAUAUUUUAACUGGUAAAAUCCCUUUUUCCAUUGGAAAAUUAAAAAAAUUAUUUUUUUUUCACCUUUUUAAAAACCAACUCUCUGGUCCUAUUCCUUUUUCUAUUGGAAACAUGACCAUGCUUAUUGAAGUAUCACUAAGUCAAAAUAAUCUUAGUGGUUUGAUCCCAUCCUCUGUUGGAAACUUGACAAGCCUAUCCUUACUUUAUCUUUGGGAUAACAAACUUUCUGGUUCUAUUCCUCAAGAAAUUGGAUUAUUAAAAUCUCUUAAUCAACUUAGCUUGAUAAGCAAUUUUUUAACCGGUGGAAUCCCUUCUUCUAUUGGUAACAUGACAAGGCUCACUAUACUUUAUCUAAAUCUAAAUAAUUUAUCCGGAUGUGUUCCUUCAGAAAUAGGACAACUUAAAUCGCUUGUGGACUUGAGAUUACUCGAGAACAAACUUCAGGGCCUAUUACCCUUAGAGAUGAACAAUCUCACCCAUUUGAAGUUUUUGUCUUUGGAUAACAACGAAUUCACGGGUCAUUUGCCACUACAUUUAUGCCAUGGAGGAGGAUUGGAAACCUUUACUGCUGCCGACAACUAUUUCUCAGGUUCAAUCCUGAAAAGCUUGAAAAACUGUACUAGUUUAUACCGAGUAAGACUUGAUUGGAAUCAAUUAACAGGAAAUAUUUCUGAGGUUUUUGGUGUCUAUCCACAUCUGGAUUAUAUUGAUUUGAGUUACAAUAAUUUUUAUGGUGAGCUUUCUUCAAAAUGGGGAGAUUGUCAUAACAUGACAAGCCUUAAAAUCUCUAACAAUAAUGUUUCUGGUGAGAUACCACCAGAGCUUGGGAAGGCUACUCAAUUACACUUGAUAGAUCUGUCAUCAAAUCAGUUAAAAGGAACCAUCCCAAAAGAUUUAGGGGGGUUGAAGUUGUUGUACAAGCUUAUUCUUAACAACAACCAUCUUUCAGGUGCCAUUCCCUUGGAUAUUAAGAUGCUUUCCAAUCUUCAAAUCCUUAAUUUAGCAUCUAAUAAUCUGAGUGGAUUGAUUCCAAAAAAACUUGGGGAAUGCUCAAAUUUAUUGUUGCUGAACCUCAGCGGCAAUAAAUUUAGAGAAGGCAUUCCAGGUGAGAUAGGCUUUCUACUUUCUCUUCAAGAUCUUGAUCUUAGCUGCAAUUUCCUGACUCGAGAGAUACCGAGGCAACUUGGGCAACUGCAAAAGUUGGAAACUCUGAAUGUCUCUCACAACAUGCUUUCUGGACGGAUUCCGAGCACUUUCAGAGACAUGUUAAGCUUAACAACUGUGGAUAUAUCAUCCAAUAAGCUACAAGGCCCCAUUCCCGAUAUCAAAGCCUUCCACAACGCUUCAUUUGAGGCAUUAAGGGAUAAUAUGGGUAUAUGUGGCAACGCCAGUGGUCUAAAGCCGUGCAAUCUUCCAAAAAGCAUCAAAACUGUUAAGAGAAAGAGCAACAAACUUGUGAUUUUGAUUGUACUCCCUCUUUUAGGAAGCUUGCUUUUAGUGUUUGUUGUGAUUGGAGCUUUAUUCAUUCUCCGCCAAAGAGCUAGGAAGAGAAAAGAUGAGCCGGAAAAUGAGCAAGAUCGAAACAUAUUCACGAUAUUGGGCCAUGAUGGGAAGAAGUUGUAUGAGAAUAUCGUUGAAGCUACAGAGGAAUUCAACUCCAACUACUGCAUCGGCGAAGGAGGAUAUGGAACUGUUUAUAAAGCCGUGAUGCCAACAGAACAGGUGGUUGCUGUGAAGAAACUUCACCGGUCACAAACAGAAAAGUUGUCCGAUUUUAAAGCUUUUGAAAAGGAAGUUUGCGUGUUGGCAAAUAUUCGACAUCGAAAUAUUGUGAAAAUGUAUGGAUUUUGCUCACAUGCAAAGCAUUCUUUUUUGGUUUAUGAGUUCAUUGAAAGAGGAAGCUUGAGAAAGAUUAUAACCAGUGAGGAACAAGCAAUUGAGUUCGAUUGGAUGAAAAGGCUAAAUGUUGUGAAAGGGGUGGUCGGAGCUUUAUCCUACCUGCACCAUUCUUGCUGUCCUCCAAUCAUUCAUCGAGACAUUACCAGCAAUAAUAUCCUUCUGGACUUGGAAUAUGAAGCACACGUCUCCGACUUUGGCACAGCUAGACUGUUGAUGCCUGACUCAUCCAAUUGGACCUCAUUUGCAGGUACUUUUGGAUAUACUGCUCCAGAGCUAGCUUACACAAUGAAAGUGACUGAAAAAUGUGAUGUCUAUAGCUUCGGAGUGGUAACAAUGGAGGUGAUGACAGGAAGGCACCCAGGCGACCUCAUUUCAGCACUCUUAUCACCAGGAUCUUCGUCGUCGUCAUCGAUGCCACCGAUUGCUCAACAUGCACUAUUGAAGGAUGUGUUAGACCAACGCAUCUCGCUUCCUAAAAAAGGAGCAGCAGAGGGCGUUGUCCACAUGAUGAAAAUUGCACUUGCAUGCUUGCAUCCCAAUCCCCAAUCUCGCCCUACAAUGGAAAAAAUUUAUUUGGAUCUUACAGCUAAGUGGCCUCCACUGCCUGAGGCAUUUUGCACAAUAAGUUUGGGAGAUCUCUUCUCCUAGUGUUUAGCUACUUCUUUACAAUUGUCAAUUGGAACAAUAAAUUUUUGUAAUAUGAAUUUCAUCAUCAAACUUUAUUUCUUUCAAAUUA